AUGGCCUUCGCUGGAAAAUGGGAAACUGAGAGCCAGGAGGGAUAUGACGCUUUCUGCAAGCUUCUUAGUAUCCCCGAUGACGUGAUUGCAAAGGGCCGUGACUACAAGAUGGUCACAGAGAUCACCCAGGACGGCAACACCUUCUCCUGGACCCAGCUGUACCCCGCCAACGCCAAGGUCGCCAACACGUUCAGCGUCGACAAGGAGGCCGACAUGGAGACCAUCGGAGGAAAGAAAUUCAAGGCUACAGUGCACAUGGAUGGAGGCAAGCUGAGCGUGAACUUCCCCAACUACCACCACACCUCUGAGAUCGUCGGGGGCAAGCUCAUCGAGAUCUCCACAUCUGGCGCUGUAGUGUUUAAGAGAACCAGCAAGAAGAUCUAACUGACUGGUGACUGACCUAUGACCUCUUAAACAGUUACAACGGAGACCUCAGCUACUAAUGCGUU